GUCAAAAGUCAAGUCAAGCAAGGCAAGAAGUAGUAUAAUUUUAAAACAUGGCUGACUUGAAGACUUCUUUGCUUGCUAUGUGUAAAAAAACAUAAAUAGAAAAGUUUGUUACUUAAAAUUAUAUAGUGUUUAAUAACAAAAACCAACAAUUUAUUAUUAAAAAAUGUGAAUAUUUUGGAGGUCCUUAAAAUCCUAAAAUCAGGAGUUUUCUCUUGCACCCACCAAUAUUAGUGAACCUGCCUACUUUUGGUAAAUUCUAUGGGUUUUCACGAUGAGAAUAAGCAGUUAGUGUUUAAUUUUUAUUGAAAAUUGCAUUUAACUAUUUGUAAACUAGAUUUACAAUGAUGGAGAAAGAACAGGAACUACUGCUUCCAAUUUCUUCUGGUGAUGAAUGCGGUGGGAGCGGUGGCGAAGCAGAUAGUGACGAAGACGUCGUCACCGACUAUCAACAAGCAUUCGACGCAGUCGCGGACGACCAUACCGCGAUCAUGUUGCCUGCAUCAGCCCCUAGACCGCCGACGGGCCCUCUGCCGACUAUCAGCGUUACGCCUCAUUCUCCGGCGGCGGCCCCCAGGACCUACGCAGUUCUAGAGGACAGCCUGCAACAGGUCCGAGAAUUGCACGAAUCUGUACAGCUUAUGCGAAAUGCAACUGCGCCAAAUAAUGUUUAUUCUCACCAUUCGAGAGAGUUUGCUGCAUUUGCCCUUAACCCACUGUUGAUGCAAGUUGCUAGAUUAAGCUCUAGCUGUCCUGUAUUAAAUGAAGCUGGACAUGAACCGGAUGCUUUUGGUGGUUCUUUGGGAUCGUCUCCUUUGCAUCAACCACCAAGUAGGAAGGGCAGUGGGGCUCAAGAUUGGUUAUCUCAACCUGAAACUCAAAGAAGAAAAUCAUGGACUGCACUAGAAGACUUAUCGAAUACAGGAAAAAUAAAGAAUGCAAGACAGAGAAGUAUAUCGCUAAGUUCAAUGGAAUCGGAAGCAGACGAAUCAUCCCUAAUCGACAAUGUAGAUGGAAGUACGGUGAGGUUAUUGGGUCCCGAAGCCCCUGUUAUAAUUAGGCACAGAGCUAGAACUUCUACGGGUGGAGCUAGUACACAUUCCCUCAAUGAAGCUGAUUUACAGAAUGACUUCAAUAAAAUCAAAGCUAAACGUGAAGCAGAACAGUUACGUUUGCUGCCCCAGAGGCUUCCCCUGCAAAAGUCCGUUUCAACACCGUCUAUUAUUGCUGUAAGGGACUUGGCUCCUGAGCCUGUUUUGGCUGGUGCUCAACCUACACUUCCUGUGGGCAGACCUAGCGGCACCGAGAGCGAGACAGAGGAGGAAGGGAGCCGAUCCGGACAUAUUCCCCAUUACGACAUCCACUACAAGCAGCACCUGCAUGAUAUUCCCUACGACAGACAGUCUGAGAAGAGGCGGAAGAGAGGGAGUUUAUUUUUCCGAAAGAAAAAGGACAAAACCAAAAAGUUUUCAACUCACCAAUGGGUAUCAGCUUGUUAUGGUUCUUCCCAAAUAUGUGAUGUUUGCGCCAAACCUUUAAGCAAUAAGCCAGCACUCUACUGUGAAACAUGUGGAACAACGGUUCAUCAAAAUACAUGUAAAGACAAUAUAUUGGAAUGCGUUAGUGCAAAGAUCAAGAGUGCCAAAAGCACAAGUAAGCUAACUGGAUUUACAGUACCUUUGACUUCUGCGAAAAAUUCCUCAUCAAAACGAGGCUCUGGUAGUGUGCCAAAUUCAAUUAAUACUUCAACAAGCCAAAUUCUUUGUGAUGAUAAGGACAGUGAUUCUCACCAUGGACACCAUGAUCCUACCAACUAUGCUGACGACGUAGCUCUAGUUCAUUCAGAGUUUUUGUCAGAUACAACAAUUACUGCAACUGAUUUAUGCCCUGAUCUGAGCCUAAGGUUGCAUGAACCGGAACCAGAUUCCUGGACACCACACGCCGGCAAAGAAAUUGCUAGGAAAUUAAAGGAGAAAGAAGUGAAACGACAAGAGCACAUCUAUGAAUUUAUUUUGACUGAGAAACAUCAUUGUAUGACUCUAUUGGUUAUGCAAAAGAUUUUUGUAGAUGGAUUGCAAAAAUAUUUUAACCUUGGGCCAAAUUUAGAAAGAAUGUUUCCACGUUUGAUGGAUUUGACUGAACUUCAUUUGGGAUUCCUGUCAAGACUCCGACAAAGACAAAGAGAAAGCGCUGUAGUUAUUUCUAUUGCUGAUAUUUUGUUGGAACAAUUUUCGAGAGAUUACGCUGCCAAGUUGAAAUCUGCUUAUGGCGAAUUUUGUAGCAGGCAUCGUGAUGCAGUUGAAACCUAUAAAUACUACGUACAUCAAGACGCGCGUUUUGGCGAAUUCGUUAAACACUGUCAGGCGAAUCCUUUAUUGAAAAAGAAAGGCAUACCCGAAUGUAUUUUAUUUGUUACCCAAAGACUUACCAAAUAUCCCCUGUUAAUUGAACCUCUAAUUAAAACCAGCAAAGAUAAUAAGCAAGAACAAGAAACUUUACAGAAAGCUAUGGCCCUGGUUAAAGAAAUUUUAGUGGAGGUUGACGCUCAAGUUGCCGAAAAGGAAAAAGAGGAUAGAAAACUAGAUAUUUAUCACAGAAUUGAUGCUAAAUCUUUUACGAUUCAUAGAGGACAUAAAUUUAAAAAGUCAGAUAUUCUACAAGGCAACAGAUCUUUGAAAUUUGAAGGUGUGGCCAUGUUGAUGCAAGGCCGAGCAAAAAUGCAAAUUGUUCUGGUUAUUGUACUCACUGAUGUCUUGUUUUUUCUGCAAGAGAAUUCAAAUAAAUAUAGCUUUUUUACUCCUGACAAUAAGGCUGGUGUAGUUUCAUUGCAGAAACUGUUAGUCAGAGAAAAGGCAGGUCAAGAUUCCAGAGGUAUUUAUUUAAUCUCAUCAAAUCCGGCAGAUCCUGAAAUGUUUGAACUGAAAAUUCACAAACCCAAAGACAAACAAGUUUGGAUUCAGGCUAUAAGGGAAGCUGUUAAAACUUGUCCCGAAGAUGAAGAAGAUCCUGCCACAAUGAGCGCAGAAGAUAGACAAGGCUUAUUGAAUAAUAAGCAAAAUCAAGUUAAACAUCUUAUUGACGCAGACUCGGACAUUGAAGCUUUAUUGAGACAGAACGACAUAGAACAAGCCUUACUGUUAGAGGAAAAAAUGUCCUUACAAUUGAAACUAUUGGCCGCUUCAGGUCUUGAACCUCCAUCACCUCCUGCAUACAGACAUUUAGUGAGCGAGAGUGCUGACACCGGUCAAAUGUGGAAAGAAGUAUUGACGGCCGUACAGGAAGUAAGUCAAUUGGCUAGCUCCUUAUACGCUACAGGUACUAAUCUAUCCAGGAGCGUAAGUUCUGCCGGUGAACAUCAAAGCGAAACGUACGUGUCGCCGAUUCUACCAAAACGUGCGGAGACUUUUGGCGGCUUUGAUAAUAAUCAGGGGCCUCUAAAAUUAAUGGGAAAAAAGUUACAUCAACAAAGUACCUCGAGCGCUACGCCUGCCGGUACUCCCGAUUUUGAGAAUUUGAAGCCUGGAGAUUCAAGACUGUUUGAACGGUUGCCUUAUAGAAAUUGUGUGAUAACAGGAAAACCUUUAAUCAAUGGCUCUUCCACAAAUGUAAAUAUUGAAAUGCAUCAACAAGUAGCAGCGUAUCCUGGUGGUCACGUUUCGCGUCCACCCCAUCCACAACAGCAGCCCAUGCAGCAACAACAGUUGGGGGCGCCACCUGACGCGCCCGCAUUACUUUCAUUAGGCCGUGAACAGCAAUACGCAGCAAUACAAUUAAGUCAUUACGUUUACACUUUACUGUGUAUUAUUUCACAGUUGAUGACCACUAAUGGAAGUCUGCAAGCUCAAAUAUCCAGUGUAAAAGGAGGCGAUAAACAUAAUCGACACAACCAGCAAUUAGAAGAGCUCAGAAAUUUGCAAGAUAAGCUGAGCGUCGAAAAAGCUUCUUGGGCAGCUUCAAAAGAACAAGAAGAGAAGGAGCUAGAGGAAAAACGACAGGAACUACUCAGGCUGCAGGAACAAGUACGAGCUGAACAAAAUGACAUUACCCAACAAAGGGAUCAACUUUAUAGAAAAAUGGAAGUACUUACUAGUCAGGGUUUGCUAAUAUCGCCAAACACAUCGAUCCCAGUAACUGGCCAAAUGGAGGAUAGCAGCAAAGAUAGCUCCGAAGAUAGCAGUCCACAGUCCUCAGAUACAUCUUCAGCUGCGUCAGCAGUCAGCUCAAAUCAGAGCUCCCUAUCUCAUUCAGCGUCAACCAUAGACAAGCGAAAAGAAACCAAAUGGAACAAAGGCACAAAUGUUCCCAAACAACACCUUCCCUUAAACCUAAUAUCUACAACCAAUCAACAGAAAGUUUCACAAAAUUUGCCCAUUAAACAGCAGCUUCCACUUAAAUUAGCUUCUAGAUUGAGCUCUGGAGGUGCAGAUUCACCUAAGCCUCUUAUUAGUGGUGGUCCUCAGCAGAUGUUGCCUUUAAAGUUGAGUCAAGAUGAAAAGAUCAGGAGGACCAGUACGUCUGGGUACCAGAGACUUUCGGAAAAUAGCUUUAGUCCACCUUCUGAAGAAACGACACCAACUAGCAAUUCUCACAUAAGAACAGGCUCCAGUCCAGCCAUGAUGCAGCAAUCGCCACCGUCUUCUGGAAAUUCCAGUCAGUGCCAAAGUCCGAAUGGUGCCAAAGCUACACGUACCAAUACUUAUCCGAAAUUUCCCGAGAAAUUUAAAGUACGUGGCGAACAGCCACCCUCUCAUGACGAAGAAGUAAUUUAUUUCUGACGGCUUUGGAAAGCGACAAAUUAUCUGAGUUCGUUAAUCAAAAGUAAGGUUUAGGUUUUUAUGAUUUAUGUGUAGAAAAAUAAUAGUUAUUACCUACCUAUUCCUAAUGGAAAUUUGAUUGGUUUAGGAGUUUGGAAUCUCUAUCAGUUGUAUGUUAUGAAAAAAUGGAUUCCUUGUAGUAUAAUAGCAAUUUUAUUAUCCGUUUUAAUACCAUUCUCGAUUUUUUCUCUCGACUAUUUUAUAUUGCACAUUGUUCUAUUUAAAUGUGCAAGAAAAAUUAUUUAAGGAUUUCUCUGACAAUACAGGCUCAACUAAACAUUUAUUUCUCUGACUAGUCAAAUAUGUCUUGUUGCUAGAACGUGCAUUUUUUUUGCUUUCUAUGGUUAUUAUUAUGAUUUAUUGGCGCAAGCAUUAUUAUCCCUUUUUGUAUUUAUUUAUAUUCAGUCUUCCUCGUAACUAUAGAUUCUCUUGAACUAAACUAAAAUUCUGACAAUACGUAGAAAUGUUACUUAGCUCGCUGGAUAGAUUUAAUCCGUAAUCACUUCUGCAAAUUGUAUAUAUUUGUAGGCAUUUUCCUUGUGAAUCUUAUAAUACUUCCAUACAAUAACAAGGUGUUAGAUUACAAAUAAAAAAAUUUCUGUGUAAUAAUAGAUGAUUGUUACAACAAUAAAAAAUGUCAUCCCCAUUUCAUUUGAAAAUGUGAAAUCAUUUGGAUUUGAUUGAAAAAACAUAUCUUAAAAAUGGAACCUCUUGGCAAGUACAAAAAAAGAAACUUAUAUUAUAUACUUAUUGAAGUUGACAUUCAAAUUGAUUAUCACAUUUUUAAAUAUUCCUUGUUAGUAGAUCAUACUAAUCACGAAACGUAAACUAUUUAUAAAGAGAGAAAAUAAAUAAAAAGGUCUUUAGGUGAUUUGAUUUUAGAUCAAAUUAUACUGUUAUAUUUUGUAUAAAUUCUAUUUUUCCACAAUACAUUUUACGAUUGUAAUGAUUCUCUUUAGUGUGUAUCUAAAUUUAUUUCAAUCCGAUGGCCUAUGUAAAAUUUGGUACUUGCUGAAUAAAUCUAUUUUUAUAUCUCUAUUAUCUUAUGUUAGAAAAAUCUGAAUUGUAACAGCAUUGAAACAACUCUUUUAUGAAACAUGGGUGGCAAUAGGUAAAAACAAACCCAUUUUUUUUUAACGAUUGCUAGUAAAUAAUUGAUAGCUCCUAAUAGGUAGUUUAAUUGCAGAUUCAACUUUUUUAUGGAAUAUCAGAAACAAUAGAAAAUUAUUAUUCUUUGUGAUUUCGCAAGUCUUGUUUUCUACAAUACCUAUUAGUAAUUAUUAAAAUAUGCAUAUGUAUCUGGAAUUUUUAGUCAAAAUCACCAUAAAUCUACAAAACAACUUGAAAAUUAUAUUUUUAUGAUUUACAACAAAUAUAUUUGUGGAGGAAAAAGAAGACUUUGCAUUUCGUGCAAAAAUCACCUGGAAAGCGAAGCUAACACUGAGGAUGACCUAAGGCUGAGAGCUUUUUGCACCAGAUUCUCAUUAAAAUAAUUUUUGCACGAAAUAAAAAGCCUUCUCUUUCCUUCUCAAUCCAAAGCGUGCACACAUUCAUGAACCUUUGAAUAUACAGGGUGUUUGGUGCAUCGUUUGCCAAAUUUAACUGCCCGAAACUAGGGGCCAUUUGCUAACUCUUCAGCCAUAAUAACUCAUCCUUGACCCCUAGGGUUUUUUUCAAUUUGGUUUUUUUAAUUUUUUUUUAAAAUCACAAAAUUCGCCAUUUAAACUUAAAUAAAAAAAAAGUUGUUGGCCUAGCCUCCAAAUUUUAUUUUUAUUUUUAUGCGUUCUGUGGUAUGGUUCCACCAAAUACAAAAUUACUUGCUAUUAACGUCUAGUCUUUUUAUGAUUAACUGAUAAAAUUUUUGAAACAGGAAUUAAGUUUCAAAUAAGAAACUUUACUUUUUUAAAAACUUUAUUUUAAUUAACUAAAGUACAAGUAAUGUAACAUAUGAAGACGAGGUCAUUGUAUAGGCGUGGGCAAUUCCUAUUACUAUAAGGGACGUUAGGACGUUCAUUGUCUUUCACCUGAAAUAGGAUCUCUUUACAUUUUGUUUACUAAAAUGUCUUUGUUUGUUUAUCGUAUCGUGGACUUAUUUUGUUUCUAUUGAAAUGCUUCACAUAAAUUGGGUUUUGCAAUUCGGGUUCAAUUUCUCGAUUCUCAUUACGUUUUUCAAGUACUUUAGUUUGUUUUGAUGUUAAUUUAUUUUCAAUUUCUCUAUUAAGAGUAGCUAAUGAGUCCGCCAGAUUAUUAAUAUAAUCAGUAGUUAUUUUAUUUUCUGUUUGCUCAAUUGGAAUUGCAGAAUUUAAAUCACCCUUAAUUAUUUGAAAAGGAGUAAACCCAGUUGUACUGUGUGUCCUAUUAUUGUAAUUUAAAAUUGCAAUUACCAUUAAAUCAAUAACAUUUUUUGUUGGAUUUUGAAGUUUAAGACUUGUUAAACUUUCACGUAAAGUUGAAUGAAAUCUCUCGAUUUGGCUGUUUGAGUUGGGAUUUCUAGGUGUUAUGUAAUGAAAUUCAAUAUUAUGUAGUGUACAAAGGUCAGUUAUAAUAGUGUUUUUGAACUCAGUACCAUUAUCUGAAGUUAUUUUCUAAGGGAUUCCGUGGUCACUAAAAUAUUUUAGGAGUUGUGACGUUAUUUUAACAGCUGUUUUAGUAUUGACGGGAAGGGCUUGGCCAAAUUUUGAAAAACUGUCCAUAAUCGUUAAAAAAUUUUGAUUAUUACUUAUGUACUACGUGUCAACAUACAAAUUUUCGAAUGGUUUUGAACCAAUUGGUGUAGGUUUGAACAUUAUUUUGUACGGGUGUCGUUCAUAUUUGGUCUUAUUGCAUAUCUCACAUGCUUUAACGUAUGUUUGUACAUCUUUCUCGAUGUUCGGCCAAUAAAAUCUUUUCUUUAGUGCCGCUACUUUUUCAGUUAUUCCUCUAUGGGAUGUCUUCGUUUCAUGAUACAAUUUUAGUUUCUCUUGCUGUUCAUUAAUUUCAGCCACAUCUUCGACUAGCGAGUUAGAUAUAUACAGUAUAAAUAAAUUCGCAUUAAAUGCUGACUGCAAGGCUCGUAAUAUUAUAGGUUCUAGUGUCUUAUUUAGAAAAUGAAGACAGUAUAUAUCAGGGGCCAUUUAUUCUUUGACUAAAUUGACUAUUUGGUCAUUUGAUGGAUUAUUUGGUAGAAAGAAUAUGAUUCCCUUUUUAUUAGGAAAGGUCUUAAUAAUUUCUUUCCUAAUUGUAUUAUUAUUUGAGUAGCGAAAUAUCACUUGAUUAGGGAAGAGAUUCACAUGUUUCUUCUUAUAUGGAGCACCUAUAAUUGGAUUUUCCAAGGAUGUAUGUAUAGUUUGUUCUUCUGAAGGUGUCGAUAUUUUUUCUUCAUCCUCUGAGUUUGUCCUUUGUUAGGGUUUUUUCUUCUUUAUUAUACGUUUUUGAAGAUUCUCCCUGACCUAUAUUGGAAUUUCUUCCUUUUUCUUUGGAGGGAUAAUUACUUGUGAAAUUAUUUUAAUCUUUGGUGCAUUUUCUUUCUCAGAUGCAGUUUUUGUUGAUUCAGUGUGAUCUGAUGUUGGUUUGCGCAUAUAUGGUUUUGAUUCCGAGAAAUAUUUUCUAAAUAUUUCAUCAUUACAUAAAGGUGUGUCUCUUAACAUAUCUCCUAAUUUAUUGUGAAAUUCUUCAUCAGUUUGUGCUGUUACUUUCGCAUCGGGAUCUGAUGAUGAUGAGGUUUGAAGCGUAUUUAUUUGUAAAGGUGGUCUUGAUAGAGCAUCCGCAUUCAUGUUAAGGGUUCCUUUUUUAUAUUUAAUUUCAUAGUCAAAUUCGGAUAACCUAAGUCGCCAUCUUACCAAUUUAGAAGUUGGUUCCUUAACGUUGAAUAACCACUGUAGAGGUUUGUGAUCCGAUAAAAUAGUAAAUUUUCUUCCGAAAAGAUAUGGUCUGAAAUAUUUGGUUGCCCAAACAAUUGCUAAAAGUUCUUUCUCUAUGGUUGAGUAAUUGCAUUCUGCAGGAUUCAACGUACGCCUUGCAUAUGCGAUAGGAAGGUCGGAGCUGACAGGGCCUUGAGAUAACACUGCUCCUAUGGCAUAAUGCGAUGCUUCAGUUGUUAAAAGAAAAGGUCGAUUGAAAUCAGGAUGUUGUAAUACGGGAUCAUUUACCAGGAUAUUCUUGCAUGUUUCAAAACUUUUAAUAAAUUCCACAUCAUGAAUUAUUUUCUUGUCCUUUUUCAAACAUAUCGUCAUUGGUUUCGUUAAUUUGGCGAAAUUCUCAAUAAAUUUUCGGUAGUAACCUACUAAUCCUAAGAAAGAUUUUAUCUCUUUGACAGUUCUUGGAAUUGAAAAUUCCUUUAUUGCCUUUAUUUUGUUCGGAUUAGGUUUUUAUACCGUUUGGCGUUAUCACAUGUCCUAGAAAUUCUACUGUUCUUUGUAAAAAUUCUACUGUUCUUUGUAAAAAUUCAACUCGAUGAAGUUUUAGGUUAUAUUGUUGUAGUCUUUCAAAUACUUGUUUAAGGUUUUUCACAUGUUCUUGAAGUGAAGUCGAAAAUAUGAUGAUGUCAUCCAUAUAUACAAGACAUAUUUUGUUUUGCAAUCCAAAUAACACAUUAUCCAUCGCUCGUUGAAAGGUUGCUGGUGCAUUUGUGAGUCCGAAUGGCAUUCGAGUAAACUCAUUGUGUCCAUUUUCAACAUUAAAUGCCGUCUUAGGUAUAGAGUUGGGAUGCAUCUCUACUUGAUGGAAUCCAGAUGCGAGAUCCAAUGUUGUGAAAUAAUUGCUUCGUCCUAAUUUAUCCAGUAAAUCUGAAAUGUUAGGUGUUGGGUACCUAUCGUCGAUAGUUUUCUCGUUGACUUUGCGAUAAUCCACCACCAUUCUCCAUUUCUGUAUGCCAGAAGCAUCUUUCUUUUUUGGCACUAUAUCCAUACUGGCGAGGACCAUGGGCUACACGAUGGUUGAAUUAUAUGUUCUUCCAACAUUUUUUUUAUUUGUUGGUUAACCUCGUUUUUAUGUAUAUGAGGAUACCUAUAAGUUUUUUUAUGGACGGGUAUUUCAUCUGACGUUCUGAUUACAUGUUUAACCUGAUUCGUGAAGGUUAACAACUUAUCAUCGGGUUUAUGAAAAAUCUUCGGAAACGCCCGUACUACAUUCUGUAAUGCAUUUAAUUCCUCCUUAUUUAAAUGCUGAGUACGUAAAAAUUCUAUUGGAUUAUUAUCAUAUUCAUGUCGGUAUAACGACGUUACUUGUUCUAUAUUAAACGUCUCAAAAGCUUCUUCAUUAUAGAUAAAACUUGCUUCUGCUAGAUCAUAUCUUUAUGCGUAGUUAGAACAAAAGGUUUAUCUGUUAGAUUAUGCACUUCUAACAAUGCUGUUCCGUUUAUAACCUUAGCUAUUGUUUCUGGUAUCAUGUAUUUAUCCGUUUUUACUUGAGGUAUUAGAAUCUCAGUAUUUUCAAGGAUGUCUGUAUUAAAAUAACAAAGUUGAAUAGUUUUUGCUGAAAUUUCUAAAUCAAAUCAAAGUCUGUUCUAAAUUGAAAUGGAAUUGUUAUUUCUUCAUUACUAAGGCACAUAUAUUUGUAAAGUCAAUAUUUAAAUUGUUUUCUUGUAAAGGUUUAAUUCCGAUAAUACCAUCAAAAUAAUCAUGAAAAUUGUACAUUAUCAUGUCAAUAUCUUGAUCAAUAUUAAAUUCAUGUAAAAUUGGAAUUUUCACUUUACCAUGGGCUUUUCUUGUUCCCAUACAUGUAGUAAGUUUAUUUAAAGAGUUCACUAUAAAAUCUGGGAAGUAUUCUUCCGCUAUUGAAGGUCUUAUUAAGUUAAGCUUACAAGGUGGAUCGAAAGUUUCAAUAAAAGGUAGUUGAUUGACUUGGUAUGCAUUUAAAGUCAAUGCUGAUUGUUGGAUUCCAAGGCUAGUGUCUGAAAAUUUUCAUCAGGGCUUUCUUGGUAAUCUUGACUUAUUUGAUCGUCAUUUAUUUCUGAGUUGUCGGAUAUUUCUGCGAAUUCUGAACUUUCAUAGUUCUCAGAAGUUUCGUCUGGUUCUUGUAAUUGAAUUCCGUAUAUAUUAUUUAUUUCCUUAAUGGUGUAUUUUGAAGGACCUGCAUUGGGAUCUCGUCGAAAAUAAUUUGAUUGUUGGGGUUGAAAACCUCUUGAAAAAUUCCGUCUAUUAAUUUGGGAAUCUUGUCUUCUUGGUUGAAUAGAUACACCAGACAUAGGUGUCGGUUUUGUCAAGGGAAGGUUAUUGUUUGGUUUAAAAACAUUUGUUUUGUUGUAAUUUUUACCAAACGUACCCGAACUAGUAGGGAAUUUAUGAGUUAUUACUUUUGGCUGUAAGUUUAUCGGUUGUGAAGGAAAUUGUGGCUUCACAUAAAUACGGGUUUUGUUGUCUUUGUUGCUGUUGUGUAUUGUUUUGUUGGUGUUGAAAUGUUUGAUUAUUUUUUGUUUUAAAAUUCGAAAAGGAAUUAUUUUGAUUUUUGUUAAAUUUCAUAUGAUUCUCAGCCAUCUGAUAGUUUAAUACAAAAGAUGUUGCUGCGUCUAAUGUUAUAGGAUUCUGAACUAUUAAAAUUGUUCUAAGCUCAACUGGUAAAUUUGUUAUCAAAUUCUGUACCGCUGUAACUUCAUUUUGAGCUACAAGAAUAUUUGCAACUGCUAACAAAUUGCUGUCACACAUUAUUUUUGAAGUAAUUCGGUGAUACAGAGCUUUCAAUCUUUCUAAAUAUUCAUAAAUUGAUUCCUUUUGGUUUCUUGAUGCAUACAUUAAUUCUUGAAUCAAAUUUUGACGAGAAUAAGGAUCUCCAUAUUUAAUUUUUAGAGCUCCCUUAAUAUCUAUCCAUGAUUUUAAAUCUGGACGUGUCAUCAAAAAAUUUCCAGCAUCAUUGAUAAGCUUUGAUCUUAUCGCAGUUAUUACAUAUUCUUUUUGGGCAGUAUCCCCUACAUAAUAAGUGUGAUAAAAUUCAUCAAUAUUACUAAUGAAAUACUCCAGAUAUUGAGUUUCGCUACCAAAAGGCUUCAAAAGUUGAAUUAUGGAUUUCAAAUUUUCACCCAUGUUUCUGUUUUGUCUUGUUGAUUGAAUAUUAGGUCUUAAUUGAUAUAAUUAACUUAGAUAUUCUUCAGUAUCUGAUCCAGAUUCAGACAUAAAAUAAAACUUUAAUUAAACAAGCUUUACUUUGAAAUUAAAAAUUUAAAAUUAAUAGGAUUAAAAAUGUUUUAUCAAAAAAUAAAAAUUGAUUAUCUUGAAAAAUAGGUUUAAACCUUUGCGAAAGAAUUCAGGAAAAAUCCAAAAAUAACUCUUGAAUAUGAAACACCAAUAACAAAAUAUUAGGGAAAGGUUUACUUAAUAGGCUCGAUGCUAAUAACAGUAACACUCUCACUGUUUAUACGUUGGUUCUCGAUGUCUCUUAUGUCCAGUUAACACCAAGUGAAGUGGACAGGUAUUUUCCUCAAAUUAUUUCACUCCAAUGAUCACUGUAAUCCAGGUUUCACUGCAAUCCAAUUUUCACUGUAGUCCAAGUUAUCACUUAUAGAUUCAGUACGAUUGUCUUCAGUAAUUCGCGAGUCACGAUCUCGAAAUUCGGAAUAACUUGUGCACUCUGAACAUCCGGUUUUUAUGAAAAAAAACUGUAAAAAAUAUCCGCACGACUGCGCCAAUUAAGUUUCAAAUAAGAAACUUUACUUUUUUAAAAACUUUAUUUUAAUUAACUAAAGUAAAAAUAAAGUAACAUAUGAAGACUAGUGGAACUAGUUGCUGCUGCAAAGCAUGAAAGCAAAAGAACAAUUGUGCAUGGCUGCACCGCUUUUUAUAAACAAAACGUCAACAAUUGUGAUGUCAUCGUGGGCGAGCAAUUAGUAUGCUUCUUAAAACAAUGGAUUGAUUGACUAAUUAACAUUAGUUAAUAUGGGAAUCGUUCAAUAUAACUCAGGAAUUUCCAUUGCAAUAAAAAAAAAACUAAAGUUGAUCUUCAAAUUCUCUUAAAAAGUUCCCUAUUUUAUCCACUUUUCAGUGGUAUGUAAUGUGCUAUAAAAACAUUUUAACAUCUUCACUAAUUUGCUAAUUUUGUGUAUCGGAACACAGCAGGCUAAUAUUCGAUAUUUGGUCUGAAAACGUAAAUAAGACCUUAAUGGUAAGUAAUUUUGUAUUUGGUGGAACCAUACCACAGUACAGGGUUAUUGGUUAUAGAUGUCACCCCCUCUAACUUUUUUAUUUGACAUUUUAGAAAAAAGUGUCCCAAAUGAAAAAUGUAUGGUUGAAAUUAAAUUCUUUGAAAAACUCACUUUUGCAUAUACAAGGUGUUUCAAAAAAGCUGGUCGUGCUCCAACAUUCUUAUUUUAAAUUCAAUACCCUGUAUAUUAUUCAAUAUUCGGAUUCUACGUCAAAUUCUGAGCAGAUUUUAUGUGAUAUACCCUAUACCUAAGUUUAACUGUUUUGGAAAUAUUGACAGUUGAAAAUUGACUUUUUUCCAAAUUUGACAGGCUGUAAAGCCUAAACAGUUAACUUUUGAGCAAAACCGAUCUUAUAUUUUUUCUAAGAUUUUCACAAGUUAUCAUUUGACAUCAACUUUGAAUUUAACCGAAAAUUAAAUUUAAUUGGAAUUUUCAAUCAUGGAUUAAAUUCAAAGUUGAUGUCAAAUAUUGGUAUUAACUGAUAGUUUAUAAAAAUCUAAGAUAAAAAUGUAAGAUCGGUGUUGCUCUAAAAUUAACCGUUUAGGAUUUAUAGCCUGUCAAAGUUGCAAAAAAGUCAAUUUUCAGCUGUCAAUAUUUCAAUUUCCAGAACAGUUGAACUUAGGUAUAGGGUAUAUCACAUGAUAUCUGCUCAGAAUUUUACGUAGAAUCCGAAUAUCCAAUAAUAUACAGGGUUUUCUAUUUGAAAUAAGAAAUUUGGGGCAGGACCAGCUUUUCUGAAACAUCCUGUAUAUGCGAAAGUGAGUUUUUCAAAAAAAUUAUUUUAACCAUAAAACUUUUAUUUGGAACACUUUUUUCUAAAAUGUCAAAUAAAAAAGAUAGAGGGGGGUGACAUUUAUAACCAAUAACCCUGUACAUAUAAAAAUAAAAAUAAAAUUUGGAGGCUAGGCCAACAACUUUUUUUUUUAUUUAAGUUUAAAUGGCGAAUUUUGAGAUUCAAAAAAAUAUUUUAAAAAUCAAAUUAAGAAAAAAACCCGUGGGGUCAAGAAUGAGUUUUUAUGGCUGAAGAGUUAGCAAAUGGCCCCUUCUCUCAGGCAGUUGAACUUGGCAAACGAUGCACCAAAUACCCUGUAUUUAUGAUACAACAAUCAAAAGGAAAUCUGAAAAUGGCCAAUUAGAUCCUUACUAAAUAAUUUGCAAUUUGUGUUCUGCUAUUUAUAAAACUUCUAAUUGGCUGUGAGUGAUUUCUUGUUGGAACAGUCAUGGCAGAAAUAACAUGGUGUUUAAAAAAAUAAAAUAAAACAAAUGCAAUAAAUUAUUGAAACUCAAUAAACAUAAACAGUAUAAUUAAUUGUAACUACAGUUGAACUUUCAAUUUACAUGUUGGUACUUUUUGCUUCAAGUAAUCUAUUGUCCAUUUAAAAUAUCAUAUUUUUAAAAAAUAAUGAAACUCGAUUUUUUCUUCUUAAUAUGGAUGUUGUUAUCAUCAAGUACAUUUCAAUAUAAGUAGUAUUAAUCAUUAAAAAUUGCAUUGUUAAAACCACUAAAACCGUUUAGGUUCCUCAAGAUCUAAAUCAGACUUUUAUGUUUUAGAUAGGAGUAGAUUUCUUUCAUCAACCCAUAAUUCUAUAUCUGAAGGGGAUUAUUGCCUUUUUUAAACAGGAAUUGCCACCGAUCUAAAAAAAAUCAUUGGCAUAAAUCACUGAAAAUUGAUAUUUUACUUUACUACCAGAAAAAGUAAGAAUCCCUUUGAUACACAGCAUUACUAUAAGAAAAAUAUACCCCACAAGUCUCAAAAUUUAAAAUCAAUUUUUUUUAUUUUAAGAUUAACAAAAAAUUCAGUUUACAUCAAUUGAAGAAUUUUACUUGGUGCAAUACAAAUUGUUAAAAUUAGGUUUUAGAUUGUCUGGUGUUUUAUCUUUCACUGUUUCAGAUUUUAUUAAAUUUUGUAUUUAUUAACCGUUAUAGACUUUUUUUUUCAACCAUUUUUUGGUUUUUUAUCAUUGAUUUUCCAUAAAAAUAAGUAAAAAAGUUUUAACAAAUAAAUUAUUAACAUAUUGUGAUAGGUCUUAUUUUGAGAACAAGUUGCAAUGUCUUGCAAAUAAUCUACUUGAAAAAAAGUGCUUAAUUUUAAUUAUUUUAUCUGUUUUACUGUUUACUUCUUUUUAUGACAUCUUAAUCAUUUUUUCCUUAAGCUCGGAUAAUAAUUAUAAUGAUUAAUAUAUUAUAAGUAGAUAUGUAUUACCUUUUUGUUAUAUUUAUCAUAAAGUUCAUAACACAUCACCUUUUAAUUAUUAUUAUUUAUGUCCAUGCAUAUUUAUUAUUUUAACAUUCCACAAUUUACAAAUUAUUUUAUUUUUGUAGUAGAUAACAAAUAACAUAAUCAUGCAUAAUUAAUAUUGGGGUAAAAAGUUAAAGUGUUUGGUUCACUAUAAUUAAGAAGUAAAAGCAUUUUUGGCAUGUAUAUAGUAUUAUUUAUUGUAAAUAAAUUUUACUCGAAAAGUAUAGUAAUUGUUUUAUUUUAAAAGUGGCAGAUUCCAAAGUAAAAAAAUAAUUUAUCAUGAAUCAUGAUAUUAUACUAAACCAUCGAAUUGAUAAAAUUUUCAAUAUUCUCAGAUGGAUCAAGUUAACUGAUGCAAAUGAAUAAUAAACUUCAAUUGGUC